UUUUACCUUUACCAUCUCACUUCCAACACACACACACAUACACACACACUAACAUUACUCGUCGGCGACACCGUAAAAUUCCACCGGAUGGCUCCCGAUGACUGGCCGGAGUGGCUUCCUAGCGACUGGACUGUACAAAUCAGAAAGAUCGAUGAGCGGAAAGUUAAGUGUUACCUAGAUCCUAAAGGACAAAAGUUCUAUUCGAAGCCGCAAGUGUUUCGGCAUCUUAAGACAAUCGACGGCAGCACAGCCAGUGAGAAGACUCAUAAUGCCAAUGGCUCAACUGGAGACGUAUCGUUGGAGCCAAAUGUGCCCCAUACAAAUGAAGUUGGAGGACACUCUACAAGACAGGCAACUGGAAGUAGCAACAAGAAAUCAAAGGAAACUAGUGGUAAUUUAGCUGGAGAUGGAUCUUCCUCUGAGGCUGAAGGAUCUCAAAGAAAAGACGGGUGGCUACCUGAUGGAUGGAUUGUUCAAGUGAAGACUAGAGCAUCUGGUGGCCAUACUGGGAUGAAAUAUAAGUGUUUUACGGAUCCUAUAACUGGGCGGAAAUUCUUUUCAAAGCCCCAGGUGCUGAAUUAUCUUGCAAGCAAAAACGGCAGUCCGGCCGGACCGAGAGAAGGAGAUAGAUCCUCUACAAAACCGAACAAGUCUCAGAAAAAUGGAGCCACCGAUGUCAACAAGGAUCAAACCAUAAAGAAGACAGAAAGCACCCGCUUUGGUUAUGAAGUAAUCUCGAGUGCUCCUGCAGAUGGGUUGCCCCCGGGAUGGAUAAAAGAAAUCAGAUUGAGAAACUGUGGAUCCCUAAAGAAAAAAGAUCCGUUUUACGUAGACCCGUUGAGUGGCUACAUCUUUUUCUCGAAAUUGGAUGCUUUGCGCUAUCUGGAUUCUGGGGACAUAAAGAAAUGCGCCAUGAGACCACUGAGAAAGGAUAUGAAUGAAGAAGACUAUCAUAAUGCUAAUCUGGCUGGAGGAGAAUUGGCUUCACCAACUGAUCCAUCCAAAGGAAGUCAAACUUCCGAAGUGUUAUCAAAUGGUCGUGACAAGAGAAAGGUUCGUCGUUUAUCUGGAGUUGGAUCUACGCCUAUUGCAUCCCAGAAAGAUGAAUCUGACUGGCUACCUGAAGGAUGGAUUUCAGAAGUGAAGGUUCGAAGUAAUGGACUGAGAUUGAAGUAUUUCAUGGAAUCUGCAAGUGGGCGAAAGUUCUAUUCUAAGCCACAGGUGCUGAACUAUCUUGCGAAUGGAAAUGCUAGUAGCAACUCCAGAAAGAGAAAAAUACGCACAGAUACCGGAGGUCAACUCGCUGUAGACCCUGAUUCAUCCUCGAACUCGGAAGCUGCUGAUGGAAGGCGCCGCAAAAGAUCCAAAAAGAAGAAAAAGAACGUCCAGAAUUCCACUUUCAAAGAAUUUGUCACAGCAUCUCCAGCUGACGGGUUGCCACCAGGAUGGAUAAAAGAAAUCAGAACUCGGAAAUACUCAACCCACGAAAGAAAGGAUCCGUACUACACGGACCCUGAGAGUGGCUUUAUCUUUCGCUCCAAGUUGGAUGCUUUGCGCUAUUUGGAGACAGGGGACAUAAACUUGUGUGCUAUUAGACCAAGGAAAAAGGAUGAGAACGGAAACGAGAUUACCGUUGAUGUGCAAACACCGGGGAACGCCACAGCUAGGAAACAACUCUUUGAAGAGAACUCCACGGUAAAGCAACAGAAUGCUCAAAUUCAUGACGAGAACCAUGUUACCGACCCGAAGACUGCUGAAAACACCUCUGUUUCUACUCCUCCAAGCGGUCGAGCGGCGAAAAAAAUUGCGCAGAGUAGGAUCACAAGCCGUAGCAAGUCUUCGGCAGCCGCUGUGCCUGCUCGAUCAUCGAAAAGAUUAAAAGGUCCCCAGACCGAGGCUAAGGGAGACCCGAUGUCGAAUGACCAAACUAUCCAGAGCGAAUCACGUGAUCUUCCCGCAGAUGAUGGUCGAGGGGUUCAAGAGAAGCAGGUAUCAGGGGUAAAUGUGGAAAAACAAGCUGGUGGUGAGGAUGACCUCUCGUAUCAACUCGGGGAUCCUAGUUGGACCGACCAGUGCCUCGAUUUUGCAGUCAAAACUCUUACCGGUGAAUUUCCGGUUAGUGGGCGGCAAACAUCAGGGUCGUUUCAGGAAGGUAGUGAUGGGGCGGAGACGGGUGUGAACGAAACUCCAACAAAGGUGAAUUGAGGAGUGACGGGUGGUGGGGUUUCUCGGCGACGAAUGAGGUAAUUGACUUGAUAUUAUGAUCUAUUUUCUAUAUAAAACUCGACUAUGAAACGCUAGUUAAUUUUAAGUAGUAGUUUGUGGGCGCGCUCUAAUCGGCAGACUCGUUGUAAAAAUUAAUAAACUAGACUUGUAUCAUCGUCAAUGAGAAAACCCGAGAUUUAGGUGUGAAUCA